GCAAGGAGUGGUGCUGGUCAACCUGCGGAUCCAAUGGCUCGGAACGCGGAAUCGUCGGUCAAAGCCGACACAUCCACGGCUGUCCUUUCCUCGAAUGUGAAGCCACACACUUCAAGGGUGGACAGUGGCUCCCCCAUAUCAUCGACACCUCAUCUGGUGCUAUCAAAGGGGACACCAACACAUCGACAAGAGGAUGGUAAGGGGCUGGGUCAUAGUCCCAUGGAACUGGGCCAUAGUCCUGUGGAUCCGUCGCAAAAAGUUUCUUUCUCCCAUAACCUCCGCCUGGAGAUUAACGGCCUUGUGAACCAUGAUGGGCCCAGGAGCGAUGGUGGCCUAUCCCGGUCUGUUGAUGCCACUCCCAGGAGGGCCUUGCCUGGUCUUCAUCUGCCAGAAGGAAUGUCGGUGAGCAGCAACACCCCGAAAAGUCCAGGGAGUCCGGGAACGAGUUCUCCGAUGAGGACUCCAACAAGCCUCUCAACCAGCCCAUCAAGAAGGAACAGCAUUAGUCGGAUAAAGCGCUUUGUGGACGAGAAAUUUCCGGCGAACUUGUCGCCAACAGAAAGGACAAGCGCAUUGACGAGCAGAGUAACGUCUUUCUCUGCGAAAAGCCGACUUGAGAGCAUCACCGAGAAUACACGCGAACCGGUCCUCGGUCCAGCGCUGAUUGCUGCUCUUCGGGCGAAGGCAACCACCUAUGACGAGGAGUCCGAGCCCAAUGAAUCGGCGUCCGGUAAGGAAUCAGCGCCCCAGAAAUCGCGACUGGCUGUAGCCAGUGAGGAUGACUCGCGGCCUCCAGACGAUAGACCAAGGUGGGACAAGGUGGGACAAGGUGGGACAAGGUGGGACAAGAGUCCAUGCUCAACGAGCGCCGGAGUCCAUGCUAACACGUCUUCCCCCCGACACAAGCACCCUCAUGAUCACCGUACAUUCGCGAUUGCAAUGCAUUGUGGGCAGGAGAAGAUGGUGAGUGGCAGAAGUUGGCAAGAGCCUGUCGCCUGAGCAUGACAAAUGGGUAGGCGGAGAAUCGAAAUACCCUCUCUCUAUUUGAAGGAGCGAGCUGGUCAGAACGGUACACAUACUAACACAAUCGUACGACGACAAUAAGAGCAUACUAUUCACACUAGGACUUUUCCUGGAUGUAUCUGAGGAUGUAUCUGACCGCAAUUACGACCGGAGCCGAGCCCAAACGUCCUACUAACACACGAUCAACCUACUGCGGUCUCCCAUAAGCGUGGAAUGUGCAUUGUCAUAUAAUUCACUGUGAGAGUAAAGCCUACUACGACUU